UCUGUAUUCAAAAGUCAUAUAUCACUAUGGCUUUCUUCCAAACCAUUUCUUCUACUGUCUCAGACAGCUUCAAGAGUAUCUUUGGCAAUAGCAACUGUGAUGAAACCACCGCCAUCGAUGCUAUCGCCGAAGAAGAAGAAAAGCGCGAGGCUGGAUAUGCCAGUGCUCACCACCGUAACGAAUCAUUUGCUCCAGUCCGCCAUGAUACUAGUGUCAAGUACUAUGUUGAUGGCCAAGAUUACUGCUGGGCUGUUUCCGAGGCCAUCUCAAAGGCUAAGGAAGCAAUUUUCAUUGAAGAUUGGUGGCUCACACCAGAACUGUAUCUCCGCAGACCUCCUUCAAAAUACCCCGAAUACCGUGUCGACGCUCUCUUGAAGCGCAAGGCUGAAGAGGGUGUAAAGAUUUAUAUCGUUAUUUACAAGGAAGUCGAAUUGGCUCUCACUCUUGACAGUGAACACACCAAAAAGACUCUCCAAGCCCUCCAUGAGAACAUUGUUGUACUUAGACAUCCUGAUCAUGCUAUUGGUGGCACCUUCUUCUGGUCCCAUCACGAAAAGUUUGUGGUAGUUGAUAACAGAAUUGCUUUCUUGGGUGGCAUUGAUCUUUGCUUCGGUCGUUGGGAUACUCACACUCAUCGCCUGGCUGAUUUCCAUGCCGAGGAUAACGACCUCGAAUUGUUCCCGGGCCAGGAUUACAGUGAUGCUAGAGUUCGCGACUUUGAGAAUGUCAAAGAGUGGGACAUGCGACUGAUCGAUAAGACUGUGGUUCCGAGAAUGCCGUGGCACGAUAUGUCUUUGUGCGUCAUGGGUGGUCCAGUUCUGGACGUUGUGCGCCACUUUUGUGAACGCUGGAACUUUAUCAAACAUGAAAAAGCUAUGGACAAGGAACACGUACCAUUCCUCCAGCCCCCUGUUGGUGGUUUUGGUAAAAACCAGCGUUUCUCUAUUAACAAUGACGACGAGUUGACUGCUAAGCAGAAGCGUCGCAAAUACAAGCAUCACACUCGUAAUGUAACUGGUACCUGCCGUUCCCAGGUCUUGCGUAGUGCAGGUGAAUGGAGUUUGGAUAUCGAGACAGAGCAUUCCAUCCAGAAUGCCUACAUCAACUUGAUCAAGGAAGCCAAGCAUUUUGUCUACAUUGAGAACCAGUUCUUUAUUACUGCCACCGACGAUGAUAAGGAUUAUGUCCUCAAGAACCAGAUUGGUACUGCCAUUGUUAGCCGUAUCAUUCGUGCCCACGAAGAGCGCGAGAAGUUUAAGGUCAUGGUUUUGAUGCCUUUGAUGCCUGCCUUCCCAGCCGAUCUGGCUACAAAGGAAGCCGCCACUGCCAGAUUGGUCAUGCACUAUCAGUAUAUUUCAAUUUGCCGUGGUAACAAGAGUAUCGUCGAGAGACUCAAGGCAGCUGGUAUUGAGCCUGAUGACUAUAUUCGCUUCUACAGUUUGAGAAGCUAUGAUCGCAUCAACCGCAAUAAAUUGGAGGAGCUUUUGGCUGCUGCGGCUGGUGUGACUUCCGAAGAAAAGCAGUUGGCCAAUGCUGCUGAAGGAGAUGAACCCCAGAAAGUGCAGUUUAUUAAGCACGCUGGUAACCCUGACUUCGCAGAGGGUACUGAAGGUGCCACAGAUAUUGAGGCUGAGGUUGACUAUGCACGUGUUCCUGGAGAGGAAGAGGCCGAAUCAUUGCGUAACAAGUACCAGGAGGAUAUUGAUGCCGUUCGUGCACGCUUGGAAGAGGAGGGCGAGUAUGUUGCGGAUGACUCUAUUGCUCAGGACGCCAUGAAAGGUGGUGAUGAUAUCGAAGACGAACCCUGGGUUAAUGACACCGAAGGGUCUGCUCCCAGAGACGAGGCUGCCGAGAAGCAGGAAGUUUCUGACUAUGUUUCUGAAGAGCUUUAUAUCCAUGCCAAGCUUCUCAUCGUCGAUGACAUCACUGUUGUCAUGGGCUCUUCUAAUCUCAAUGACCGUUCCCAGUGUGGUGAGCGUGAUUCUGAGAUUGCCUUGAUGGUCGAGGACCAGGAUAUGAUUCCCUCAAAGAUGAACGGCGAAGAUUACAAGGCCAGUCGAUUUGCUGCCACACUCCGUCGUCAGUUGUGGAAGGAGCAUUUGGGUCUCUUGCCCGACCGUCCCACAGAUGAAGUUGUGCCUUCCAUGUUGCCCCUUCCAGUUCCCCAGGAAGAUGUCACUGAGUCUGAGGAGGAUCUCCAGGUGAUGGAUCCCCUUGAUGAUGCUACUCUUUCUCUCUGGAACAGCACUGCAAAGAUUAACACAGAGGCCUUCCGUGAGGUCUUCCACUGUGUUCCUGAUGAUAAUGUCAAGACAUGGGAGGAAUACAAGGCAUUCUACCCCGACCCAACCAAGAUUGAUAUUGGCCACGUUUAUGACCCUGAUAUGUCCGUAGACGAAGUUCGUGGUCAGCUCAGCAAGAUUAACGGUCACUUGGUUGAGUUCCCUUACCACUUCCUUGAAGAAGUUGAUCUCCAGGGAGAAUCGAUUCCAUUUAUCACUGAGGCCACUCAGGCACUCUAUACCUAAUAAGCCACCGCGGCUCACCAAAACCCAGUAUGGGGAAACGGUGACGAGGUUGAUCCGUUCCGAAACUUCAAUUGAUAACCACGCAACUUUUUUUUUGACAUUUUAUGAUGCGAUUCUAUUUUUGGGGAAUAUUUUCACUUUGAAAAAAAGUAUAUAAAGACACUCUCUAUUCUGCAUAACCCA